AUGUUUGAAGCGAAAGAGUAUUUAAGAAAGAUGGAGAUCAUUGAGGUCCUCAAUAGAAAGCAAUAAGUAUCAACCAAAGAAUUGACUGUUAAGUUGACUAGAUAUGCUAAAUUUGGAUCUACUUGUGGAGUAAAUGACAAAGGAGAAUUGUUACUUUCUUUAAUUAAUGGUCCAGUCUUAUAGCAAUUAAGAUAUUAGUAAUAAGCUGACUAGCCAAGAUUAUAAACUUAAGGAUAACUAGAGUAGCUGUUAAAUGAACUAGUAAAAGGAGAUCAGGAGUAUUAAAAGGAUUAUAAUUGUUAAAACUGA